AUGUCACGACGCGAUAGAAUAGUGUUUGUACAAACUGGUCUGGACGCCGUCUGCCCAUUGUCUGAUGAGGAGCAGACGUUUGUACAGCGUGACAUGGAAUACCUGGCCCGUCGCCGUCAGUCGACAAGGAGUCGUUACUACGGCGACAGCUUAAAAGGUCUCCUUGGGUCAUUGUAUCACUCAAGUGGCGUGCAAUUGGCCACGGCAGACCUUGUGUUGGACCACGUCGACCCAGACGCCGCGGCACCUGGUGCAACUACACGGAAGCUACGGACCACUAAGCGACUGCUGAUGGCUGGUCUUUCUGUCUUGAGUGAGCAUGUAGGCGCAUCAAGAUACGUCAUGACCGAAACCAUUGUUUACGAUGUCAUCCUUUCCAGGGCCAACGUAUUGUCGAUACAGAAAACAAGUUGA